AUGUGGCUUGAUAGGUGGAGAGCUAAUGGCGCCUCCCCCUUUGGUUUACAAUGGGUUAAUAAACUAAAGAUCUUAGGAGUUUAUUUUUCGAACGGACUAGUAAAUGUUGAUGAAGAUAAUCGGCAUUGCAAAUUAGACAAGUUAAAGAGAACUUUAGGGCUGUGGUCGCAAAGGGAUCUUUCUUUUUUAGGCAGAGGCAUGAUUUUAAACGUUAUGGGGGCUAGUAAAUUUUGGCAUGUUGCCAAAGUGCUACCCCCCCCCCUCAAAAUAAAUUUCCGCUGAAUACAAGCGAGCCGUUUGGCCUUUUAUCUGGAAAUCAAAAUCUGAGACUGUGAGCCGAGCGUGUUGCGUGGCCCCCAUCGCGCGUGGGCGUCUGAACAUUGUUGAUUUUGAAACUAAGUGUUCAAGUUUGCGUUUGUCGAGUCUCUCUGGGUAUCGGGAGGGAUUCGGCACAUGCAAAUGGCACUUUUUAGCCCGUUAUUUUUUCGGAAAUCGCUUUUCUAAUCUUGAUCCUAGUUUUGAUUUUUCUUCUUGUUCAAUUCCUUUUUCUUCCGAGCCGUCUGCCUUUUAUCGUAAUUGUUUAUUUCUGUUAUCUUCCUUGCGUAAACACGGCUCUUUACCAGCUGAUUUUUCUUGUAAAAAUUUGUAUAACCUUCUUUUAGAUCUUCCGAGCGCCUCUCCGCGCUCCUCCGGUUUCUGUGCCGCUUUGCUCAAGAGGCCGAUUAACCGGUGGGCCGCGGUCUGGCGCAAGUCUCGCCUUAAGUUGAUUGGCUCAUUAUUCACCGCGCAAUUAAAGUUCGAUACGUAUUGUAAACUUGGGGAUACAAACUUAAAUCUGAUAAGUGUGCUUUGUGUUCCCAAGUUGAGACAAUUGAGCAUUGUUUUCUCUUUUGCCCUCGCGAGCGUGCUGUGUGGAAUUAUUUUACCCCUCAUCUGUCUCGUCUUUCUACUUCCCCUUUUUCUGUUAACUCUUCUUGUAUUUUCUUCCCUUUCUCGUCUCGUGCUUCUUCGCCUUCUUUCUCGCUCUACUGUUAUUUAAUCGCUACAAUUUUAUUUGGAAUUUGGCAGACUAGAAAUCUCGCAACUUUUCGGAAUUCUGUCUUGAAUUUUAAUCAAGUCGUUAACCUGAUUAAGAAAGAUGUUUCCUGCGGAAUUUUAUGUGCCAAACAGGAUGAAAAAGAAAAUUUCUGGUCUACUAGCAAUGUUCUUUGCCAGAUUUCUGAUGCUAACUCUAUUUCUUUUUCACCUUACUGCCCACAAGCCUUUAUUGUAUAUAGCCGCUUUUAAUUUUAGUUCGCUUUAUUUAUUUAUUUGCUCCAAGAUAUCUUUGUACAUAGCCGCCUUUAAUUUUAGUUUAGUCGUUUUGCCUAUGAACUUUUAGCCGAUCGCCUCGUAUAUAGCCGCUUUAGCUUAUUUAACUUGCUUUGUUUUCCUGUACAUAGUCGCUCUAGUUACCGGAAGUCUUGUGAAUAUUUCCCGCUAAUUUGCAUUAAUUCCCGGAAAUCAUGAAAGCAUUUCUCGGAAUUCUGUACAUAACCGCUUUACUUAGCUUUAUUUGCAUUAAUUCCCGGAAACCUUGUAAAUAGUUAGUUCCUAUUUUGCUUCUUUUUUCCCUUUUGUAAAUACGGUGGAGUUGGCCUUUCAAUAAAACACCCCUGCGGGGGUUUUUAUAUUCUUUAAAAAAAAAAUAUCUGUUCUUAUCCGUCAAGUUUUCGGUUUCUCCGCCGAAAACGUGAACAGUUCCCGCUCUCGCACUUCGAUCGCCUUCCUUUUGGUCUCUUUCGGCUCGUUCUACGUUGGAGAUUCUAUUUGUGAGGUUUGUUUCUGCGUUUUUAGUUUAUUUUCGUCGAUUUGAGCGGAUUUCUUCUGCGCCGCCAGACACGUGUUUUGCGCGAUGGCCGCGCGACCCCGCGCAACCUUCGCGCACACAAAAACUGUGCGUCUUAUAGUAGAGGAUGGCAUGGAAAUUACAGCACUGGAAAUUGUCUGAUCUCUGCCGGACUUCAAAGAAGAAAUCACUGGCAUUGUGCCGAAUUUUGGAGGUAAAUGUUUCGACAUUACUCUGCGAUCCACAGAUGCAGCAACACGCCUGGCUACGUCCAGCUUCGAUUACGGACCCAAACGCAAGCCGCUCAAGCUCCUGGGAGCGAAAACUAUCCAUGUCUCGGUGAUUGUCGCCGUAGAAUUCCCCGAUCAGGAGAUCGUUAAUUUUUUAAAGCAAUAUGGACAACUGAAGUCGGAAAAUUUACGCCGCCUCUGUUACAAGGAGGAGGGCUUUAGAAACAUCGAGCGUGGCAUACGCAUGGCUGAAUUUACUUCGCUGGAUAAGGGCCUCCCCCGGAAAGUGGUGACCCAGGGACUAGAAAUUUUUUUCAAGUACACUGGACAGCCGAUAACGUGCCACCGAUGUGGUUCAACCGAACACGUUGUGAAAAACUGCCCGAAGCAGCGUUCUCACUUCAGCGACAUACGCGUGUAG